UGUGGCGGUUUACAUCCGAUUACGUAACUCGCCAUCAUGGUUAUGAAACUUGUAGUUUUAGGACAUUCAUUUGUCAGUAGAUUGGAAGACUUUGUGAAUAGUUCUCCUGAUAACCGUGUGACAAAAAAUUUGAACUUAAGUUUGGAGGAAAUUCAUGUUUCAUAUGCAGGAUUUCGGGGAGCGACAUUGUCAAAGGUUAGGGCGCAAGGUCUGCGUUACGUAAGGCUGUUUCAUCCAGAUGUGGUGGUAUUGCAAGCCGUAUCAAAUGACCUCUGUGAUCCUACUAAAUCAGUAUCAGAUGUCUUCAAACAAUUGAUUGACUUUGUUAUAUCCCUUCGUUAUGCAGAAUCAGUGAAACAUGUUGUAAUUCUACAAACUUUACACAGAAGACCCCCCAGUUACCGCAUACGUUAUGAAGUGGAUACUCAGUGGUUCAAUGAAAGAGUGGAUGAACUUAAUAUGAGAAUAUCAUCCUAUUUAUGUAAUGUGGAAGGAUCAAAAUUUUUCCGCUUAUCAGGUUUCUGGUCCUCUGCAAGUCAGGACAUGGUGUUUUCUCAAGAUGGUGUACACCUGAAUUUGCAAGGAAUGAAGAAGUAUUAUAAUAAUUUGCGAGCAGUAGUAGUUUCUACACUUAAAACCAUAACAAAUGAUGAGCGAACCCAAAAGUGCCAAACGCCAACAAAGAGGGAGGCGAACUCAGGUCAUUCCAGCAGCAGCAGGGUCUGCAGAGCAGGCUGCACAACAGACUGUGCAACAGACCGCACAGGACCAGCUGGUGGCAGCAGUAACGGACAAGGUCCUAGAAGCGAUCAGAAAUGAAUCCAAUCAGGAGUCCCAACAGAUGGUAGAAACUGAGGAUAGGGGAAGGAAAAAGCACAGAGAGCCAAAGAAAAAGAGAAAAAGAAUAUCUUCACCUCCUAGAUCACCUUCCAUUGCAGGUAGAGAAAUUCAAGGAAUUAGCACCUUACAUGGACAAGUUCCCAGCCAACAUCCCUCAGGAGUACCUACACAUUUAGUAAAUUCGACAUCAAAACUGCUUGAUGCUGCAAUGUCAAAAAAUACCCAGGUGUCAUAUGAGGUAGCUUUAAAUGCUUAUCAUAAAUUCUUCCGGGCAAAUUUCAGUACAAGUCCAACAUUUCCAUCUCAGUUAAAUCACAUUAUGUCUUUUAUAGCAUGGUUAUAUCAACAUAAAAAAUCUUACAACACAAUAAAUACCUAUGUGGCAGGUAUUUCUUAUUAUCACAAAAUACAUGGUCUCUCUGACCCAACUCAGUUUUUUGUCAUCAAGAAGCUUCUCAAAGGAGCUCAGCACUUAUCCAAUGCUCCAGAUAUCCGUUUACCAAUAACACCUCAUAUUCUUUUCAAGCUAGUCCAUGCGCUUAAACACACAGUGGCUGGAAAGUUUAGCAGACGCCUUCUGACAGCCAUGUUUACACUCUGUUUCUUUGCAUUCCUGAGAGUAGGUGAAGUAACUGUGAAAUCUUUAAAAAAUUCAAGUAGAAAUCUUGUUCAUCUAAAAAAUUUAUCAUUUGACCCAGUACGAGGAAGACCUAAAUCUAUGACAUUAACACUCAGACAUUUCAAACAUCAUGACUCAGGUAGACCUGUGUCCUUGCAAAUAGCAGCUCAGACUUGUAAAAAUAUAUGUCCAGUAAAAGCUAUGCAAAAGUACUUAUCAGUCAGAAGUAAAUGUCAGGGCCCUUUAUUCAGUUUUGAUGGUCAAAAACCAAUUAAUCAGGCUUACUUUACAAAUGAACUAAAAAAUGCAUUAUCAUUUGUUGGUCUUGACACAACUAAGUACAAAUCACAUAGUUUUCGUAUAGGAGCAGCGUCUUAUGCUUUUCAGUGCAAAAUUCCCGAGGAUAAAAUUCGUUUAAUGGGUCGCUGGAACUCCAGUGCUAUUAGGCGAUAUUUUAGGAUACCAGUUUUUGAUACAGUGGAAAUUUCACCUCUUAAUCUUGUUUGAUUUACAUUUUAGACAGUUUACAUUCAGACUUUGCAUAAUUGGCUAUUGCUUUAUAAUUGGACUGUCUGAGGCAGCUGAUUAUGAAAUAAUGUUGUAUUCUCUAGUCAGACUGUCUGAGGCAGCUGCUAGGUGAGCAAUUUUUCAAGGUGGCCAUUACCCAGUACUCAUAGUUUUUUAACAUUACAUGUUUACAAAUGACUGUCUGAGGCGGCAUUUGUGAUUACGUCAAGUUUGAUAGUUUUUUAAAUUUAACUAUGACUUCUAGGUAACAUUACAUGUUUGCAAAUGACUGUCUGAGGCGGCAUUUGUGAAUAUAACAAGUUUUUUAUUGUUUUUGAUUUUAAGUAUUAAACCCUAGUCAUGUUUGUUUAAUGACAUGUAAUUAUAUGCACAAGAUAUUUCUUGUAGAUUAUUGUAGGUCAUGGUUAAAGAAGCUAUAAUAGAAAACUCUUAUUUUUUAAUGUUUGGGUUUUCAUUUUAGAUAUGAGUGUGAUAUGUAUAUAUAGCUGACUUGGUGCUUCCUAAUUUUACAUAACUGUGGUAUAUAUACUUCCAAAAAUACAUGUUGAUUUGUUUUUCGAAACUUGUGAUCAAAUUCAAACAGAGUUGUGGGUUUAAUCAUGUUAAUUGUGCACAUUUGUUAUAGAAUAGAUGUAAACAAACAUGAAUAAGUAGUUCUUAUUCAAUGAUAGCAUAUUUCCUGUUUGGAAAGUACAUAUGUUACUCUGUGGGACUUGAUUACCUUUCUUCCCAUUCGUCUCCUCUGGAUGGGCCACUUGUUGCCAAUUUGACAACAAGUUCAUGGCGUUUUUUAUAAGGAUUAGUCCCAUCUUUUUUGCCAUAACUAGUCCAAUGGGCAAUACUUAUUGUACAUUUGUUAUUUCUAUGUCAGUAUUUGUACGGUGUAUAUCUUAGGCACAUUUAUCUUUGUGUACAUGUAAUGAGAUAUAUUUUACAUGAGAUUUACUGUCCUAUUUUGUGCCUUAGAAUUUUUACGAGUAUCAUAUGUACUUCUAAGAUUGGGAAACAUUUUUGGCAUUUUCAAUAAUAAAUGCUCUUUUUCGACAAA